GUAACUCUUGGACUGCUAAAUGGUUUAGUGGUUAAAGCUGUGAAUCAUGAUAACUCAAGUGGACCUUCUUUAUAUGCGACUGGUUCGACAAACUACUCGAGUUCCAGUCAAGUCUAUGCAAUGGUUCAAUGUACGCCGGAUAUAACACCAACUCUAUGUGAGGCAUGUCUUAGAACAUCUAUUGGGACGUUGUCUUGUUGUACUGAUUCAGAAGGUGGUAGAGUUCUUACUCCUAGUUGUACGUUUCGAUACGAGGUCUAUUCUUUCUAUGGAAAAUCUCUGUAUACCACUGAAGCUCAAUCUCCAGCUCCUCCAAUUCUACGAUCACCGUCAAAUACAACUACUUCAAAUGGGAAUAAUUGGAUGAAACUAGCUGUCGGUAUCGCUGUUCCUUUGGGGAUUGCAGUACUACUAUCACCCUUUGCUGUUUGGUGGUUCCGUUUCAACAAGAGAAAGACGACGGAUGAUGGCAAAUACUACGCCCCGAAUAUGGACCAAGAUAUUCAAAGUGCAGAAUCAGUACAGUUCAAUUUCAAUAUGGUAAGGGAUGCAACUAAUAACUUCGCCGAGGCUAAUAAGCUUGGAGAAGGUGGAUUUGGCCCUGUUUAUAAGGGCACACUGCGUGAUGGACAAGAAGUAGCUGUGAAAAGACUUUCUAAAAGCUCUGGUCAAGGUGAUCAAGAAUUCAAGAAUGAAGUCUUAUUAUUAGCUAAACUUCAGCAUAGGAAUCUUGUGAGACUAUUAGGCUUUUGUUUACAUGGACAAGAGAAACUGCUUGUGUACGAGUUAAUGGAUGCAAGUCUCGAUCAUUUCAUAUUUGAUACUGGGGAAAAGACGUCUUUAAACUGGGAGAGAAGAUACAAGAUUGUUGGAGGAAUUGCUAGAGGUCUUCUUUAUCUUCAUGAGGAUUCUCGACUCAGAAUUAUUCAUCGGGAUCUCAAAACGAGCAAUAUAUUAUUAGACGCAGAAAUGACCCCAAAAAUUUCAGAUUUUGGCAUGGCUAGGCUUUUCGUUGUAGAUCAAACUCAAGCUAAUACAAUGAGAGUCGUCGGGACAUAUGGAUAUAUGGCUCCGGAGUACGCAUUGCAAGGACGUUUCUCUGUAAAAUCAGAUGUUUUCAGUUUUGGUGUCUUAGUUCUUGAGAUUCUUAGUGGAAAGAAGAACACUGCAUUUUACGAAUCCGUAGCAGGUGGUGCACAAGAUCUUCUGACAUACGCAUGGAGACAUUGGCAAGAAGAUACAGCCAUGGAACUGUUAGAUUCAACAUUGAAAGAGAACUGUUCCAGAAAUGAAUUUAUGCGGUGUGUCCACAUUGCCCUACUAUGUGUUCAAGACAGUAUUUCAGAUAGACCGACGAUGGCCUCAGUCAUUUUAAUGCUUAAUAGCAACUCAAUGACACUGCCGUUACCUACACGCCCUGCAUAUUGUGUUUUCAGAUCAAGCAAUGGAAGAUGCAUGGAGUGUGAAUCAGGUUUCCGUCACUGAACUGAAUCCUCGUUAAAAAAAAUAUACCACCCUCGCAUAAGAUCUGAAAAUCGCACAAGUGGAAGACAGAUGGGAAAAAGUUAGCAUAAUGUGAAUUUUAUCAAUCAGUUUUUGUGAUUAUUUUUGUACCUCCAAGGAAGUCAUUCACCAACGGCUUGUGGGUAAAACUGUCAUGAGAUCUCAAGUGGGCUUGGGACAUAAGCCCAAUUCACCAUCCCCUUAACCAUUAGUAGGUCCAUUACCCGAAUUGCAUGCAGCCACCACCGCCAACAUCAAGUGUGCCACCCUCCGCCAAUGGCUAAAAGGAUGAAGAUUGUUACGGUGUAUGUCACCACUUCCUGCGGCAAGUCAUCCACCGGGGACACAAAAAAAUUUGGACAUCAAGAUCACCGUUCUAUUUUAGUCUAGUUUUCAUGAGUUUGAUAACGUAGGAAAUACCAAUUAGUCCUAGAAAUAAUAUAUUAGAGUUAGUUUAGUCAAGUUGAUUGAGUCAGUUGUUUGUUUGGUCCAUUUUAAAAAUAUAUUUUACAGUUUGGUCCUGCAAAUUAACAUUUGGUCCUAGUCCUAGGGUUUUGUCCACCCACAUGGAAUAUUCUUUUUCUGUUAUUAAAAUACCCUU